AUGAAGAGGAGCAGGAUGUGCUGGUGGCUUGUCACCGUCCUGGGGGUGCUGAGCAGACCCAGCAUGGGGGCUGGGACCUGCAGUCCCCAGGAGCACAGAACACUGGGAUGCCCACCCGGAGAGGAGCCCACUGGGGGUCCAGUGGGGACGUGCCGAGCUUGUCCCCCCGGCACCUUCUCUCUGGGGGACACAUCCUGCACCACUCACACCCACUGCCAGGCCAGGAACAGGAUCCUGGUGGCACCAGGGACGGCGAUGAGCGACAGCCACUGUGGAGCCUGCAAGCUGGGGUUUUACAGCCCUGAAGGGGAGAGGGAGCCCCAGGGCCUGUGCCUGCCCUGCGCCGCUGCUCCCCGCAGCACCCCGGGGUGCCCAGGCCGCCGGCGAGUCCGCAGCCCCGAAACACCAGGACGGGCAUCGGGGACCAACGGGACACAGGUGGCCCUGAUGGGUGAGGAAGAGGAGGAGGCAGCAGGAGCACAGGUGGCUGUUCUGACCAUCGUCCCAGUCUUCUGUGCCAUGGGAUUGUUGGGAAUUCUGGUCUGCAACCUGCUGAAGAAGAAGGGUUACUACUGCACUGCCAGUAAGGAGCCCCAGCCCAGUGGCACUGGUCCCAGCUCCAUCUACCAGUUGGAGGAUGCCAACGAGGACACCAUCGGGGUGCUGGUGCGGUUAAUCACUGAGAAGAAAG